UUAUUAAUAAGAGUUUUGUUCUUCUUAAGAUUUCACUCUCUGGGUCACUCAGCAGACCAAGAUUAAAACCAAAUGCAUGGCAUAUCAGUGAGUUGAGGUGAAGUGGAAGGAUCUGUUGCAUUUGUGGGGGGGUUUUUGGUGGUUGUCAUCAGAGAUUUAUAAAGACAUACCUGAAUUAGGAUACGGCAUUUGGGCUAUGAGCUUUUAGCGUUUAUUCUUUAAUUAAUAUUUUUUCAUGGAAAAGACGAUAUGAGGUAGCUGCUAAAUUUGAAUCUUAUUUUAACCUGGCUAGUUGAGUCUCAUUUUGUGAUACAGAAGUCGUAUGUUUUUUUUAAAUAAAUCCCUGCAUCAGAUUUUUGGAUAUACUCCAUUCCUUUGAUCCGUUUUGAGGCAGUUCCUGCCUUCAGGGCAAGUUUCCUGCUCCAAUUCUUGAAGCAAGCACACAGAAUUUGCAGUUUCAGUGGGAAACAAUGUCUUGGAGAUUAGCAUAAAUUAACUAUAUGCCUUUAUUAUGGUUUAGUUUGUAUUCUGCAUCUUUUGAGUAGAAGAUUGUGAAUUCUUUGUAGUGAUGUAGUUUUUUAAUUUUUUUUUUUAAUAGAAUCUGUAUUUUUGAUCGUUGGUAAGAUUCCAAGACUUUGAAGCAGAUUGUUUGAAAUGCAAAUACUUAAAGCCAAAAUUAUCCAGGUGGCAAAGCUGGCAGCUGUUUCUUCUGGGCUGCCAUUUGUAUGUAUUACUGUAUAUGCAGCAACAGAAAAGGAAUCAAAAAGUCAGCUGGUGAAGCCAGAUAAGCUCCCCAUUUACAGCGCACCCCCCCUGAGCUCCAGGUACGUCGAGGAGCAGCCGGGGCUCCUGCAGCAGCAGCUCACGGCCCUGCGGAGGACGACCGGCCGCUACUUUGGGUGGUGCCAGAGUGUCUAUGUCUUUAUUAAAAAUGGAAUAAUGGAUUCAAUUCAAUUUGGAAAAGAUGCUUAUGUUUACCUGAACAACCCCCCGCCGGAAUUUCUUCCCAAAGCCGCUGUAAUUACAGUGUCAGGCCUGGCUGGUGCAGUGCUGGCAAGAAAAGGUUCUAGAUUUAAGAAAAUUGCUUAUCCAUUGGGACUUACUACUGUAGGAUAUUCUAUUUGUUACCCAGCUCAGUCAGUGGUCAUUGCUAAGGUAACAGGGAAAAAGUUACUUGGUGCGAGUCAUCAGACCUAUGAGGCUGUGAGGUCACUGUGGGCAGACAAGGAAACUGUCACCAAGCUGCAGCAAGAGUCAAAACCAAUUAUGCAAGAAGAUAAGAAAAAUAAGGGAAUUUCUACUACCAAACCUGAGUCUGCUGUUGAGUCAAGAUCACUUAACAGAACAGAAUCUUUUCCAGUAGAGUGUUGGAGUAAUGAAGAUCCAGUGCCUUCAUCAGGAGCAGUGAAGACAUCAAAAUUUAAGCCUGAUCCAAAACUUACGGACCAUGGUCAGUCCAGCCCAGAAGAUGUGGACAUGUACAGCACCAGGAGCUAAGCCAAGUCUGCUUUACAAAAUGCAAAAUGUUACAGAUAAGGGGGAGGGAAGAAGGGAAGGAAUAAUCUUUACAAUACAUACUCUGUGAGGUAUAAUUUCAUCAGAUACUUUCUUAUCUCUAAUUUGUAUUAUUGACUUAAAUGAUUCUGUUUAGUGCUUAUUUUGCUCCUGACUCCAUAAAAGCAGUGGGAAUUCACUCAGUGUCAUUAGUGAGACACUGAGAAAACAAGAUUUGUCAGUGUCUUCUCCCAAUGGGGCUUCUCUGUGCCAAACUUGCUAAUAAAUGUCACUUCACAAAGGAUAUUUGAAAAUGCAAACAUAUCUCUGCUUUGGCUCAGAUGUUUGUUGAUCUGAAUGAAGAAUGUGAGGGAUGGGGUUUGCAGAGGCUUCUUUGUCUUUUAUCUUUCAGCUCUGGAAUGAAGUGCAAGUUCCUGCUGGUCUGAGUAUCCUUAAAAUCUCCAUGGUUUUAUCAUGUGAACAGCAUUGGCUCUAAAGCUUUUGUAAAAGAGCCGCUUUUUUAUUACAAAAUAAUUUGGUACUGUUUGCCUCUUUCACAAAGGUGAAUGGAAACAACUCCUUGUCCUGCACACCUCUGUCUGCUGUGGUCAGAUGUCUCUGAAGUUGGGCAAAAACACACAGCUGAUUUCUAAACAUCCCUUCUAAACUAUGCAUGAGCUUUCACCUACUUCUGAUACUUGGAGGAACUGUGUUUGAAUUGCUUAAUCCAUGAAACUGAUACUGAAUUUACAUAAAAUCCAUUUGAAGUAUUUGGGAAGUUGGAAAUCUGUAGUUUCAAGGUUUAAACUGCUGACAGUAAAACUGCAGAAGUAGCAGGCAGCCAACUUUUUUUGUCCCACAGGUUUGUAUGCAAUAUCUCAGUUUGGUAGGAUUUCUGGGAAAUUCUGUUUUUCAUAAGAAUGAUAUUAGAAGUUAAGUUUCCUAGGAUGAACCUUUCAAACACUGCUUUUAUCAUGGUGUAUAUCCCUGUACUUCUGUUCAUCCCCCAUUUCUCUUCAUUCUGUUACCUUUUAAUUAAGGAAAAUACAGGCUUUGCUGUGAAAUUGAGGGGGAAGCAAGAGAAACCACAUGAACAGAUAGUGUAGAUGGAAGGCUAAAGCCUGAAAUGCUGCUUUUCUCAGCACUGGGAUGUGAUGUGAUAUUUACUCUUGCUCUCCAGAAGAAGAAAUUUCACAGCCUGAUUUCUUUUCCUAGGCUGCUGAUGCAAAGGCAAAUGACCAGUGAAAUGCAGGCAGAAUUCCUGGUGUCCCUGUGGCAUCAGCAAAGUAGUGAGGAGGUGCUGCAGGAUGGAAUGUGCAGAAGGCACAAAUGGUGAAUGAGCAAAAGAAGAAAAGCUUUUAGGAUGUGUCAGAAACAAAUUGAGACUUUAAAAUCCAAAUUUCAGGUGAAGUGUUGGUCUUUGUUACACAGAGUACAGUGCAAGGUGAAGUCAGAAAAUGUGAAGUUUAAAAGAAGAAUUCUAUUAGUUAAACUUGCCUGAGACAGCUGACAGGAUUUAAUGUCUUUUCUUCCUUUCAUCAUCUCUUAAAGGCCCAGGCAACUGUCAGAAUUCAGGCAGCAAUCAGAGGAUAUUAAAUCAAUCUUCAGAGAGCUCCUGGACAUGACACAUUUAGUGUUUCAUCAUAGAGAGAGGAGUAGAAAAAUUAGAUGGCUGGGCUUCAUAUACCAUUUCCUGGGAAACAGAUGAAGACAUAAGUGGAAAUUGUGAAGAAAUGAUCAUUUUCAAGUUCAUGACUGGGUGCCAGAAAUUGUAUUAUCUGUCUCCCUUUGAUAACAUUCUGGAUAAAAACAUGAAGGAAAAGCCAUCUACUCCUAAAUUGUUAAAUUCUAACUUUGAGUGUUGUCCUACCACAGCAAGUCAACAGGAAAGGUAAGAUGAUGGAGAAUUGCUUGGAUUUUGCAGGAGUUUACUGUGGUGAGAUUUUUCAGGCCAUAAUGAAAAUCUCUGCCCAGGAAUUGGUCUCGUGGGAGCAGGGAGAGGAGCUGCAGGAUUGCUGUUCUGGAACCAGCACUUCCCAGGAGAGCAGCCUUGGGACACUGCCUCUUCCCUGGUGCCAGAAGCUGCUCUGGGACUGCCCAGGUACUCAGGGCAUUUCCACUCAGACCUGGUGAUGCAGGUGGGUGUCUGCUCUGCAGAUGUCCCUUGGCUCUUCGCUUGGGCAGGCAGGAGUCAGGAGUUCCAUGCCAGUUGUGAAAACAGGUACAGCUAAAGACAACUCUUCCCUAACUGCAGCCAAAGAAAGUGGGAGAAAAGUAUGGAAGGUUUUGUAUUCUGGCUAGGUGUGUUCUCUGCUUUCAGUUUGGACAUCUGAACCUCCAGGGGUUAUUUAAUACUUUACAGAUGACUACAAGCCACAUGUCUGUAUUAGUAAUUUCUAGUAAAGGUGCUAUGCAAUGAUUUUAGAAAAGCAAAUUGAGUUCUACGUGAUGCCAUGCUUGUGAGUCUUGGGUAACCAUGUGCCUGAUUUGGGCUCUUGAAGAUUUCAGACCCAACAGACAAAUCUGUUACACUGAAAAGUUAACAUAAAACAUGGGAAAAGUUUUAUCGUGAGACAUGAUUUUAUUAAUUUAUAGUGAAGCACUUUGAAAUGCCUCUCAAAUGUAUCCUUAAGAGUCACUUAAGUUUAUUUCACAAUGCAAUAAUACAGUAACGUCAUAAAAGUAAUAAUGUAUAUUGUAAUUUUGAUAUAAGUUAUAUAUUUGUGAAAAAAUCAAUGUCUUAAAGAAUGGGGUCACAUGGUAUUUUAUAAUACAGAAAUAGCUUUAAUGCAUGGGGGUUUUAUUUAUGGUUGAUUGUGUUCAAUAUAGAGUGAUUUGGAGCUUGUUGAUAUUAAUUUUUUAUUUACAUGAAACUGAUUGUGAUACUUUAUUUUUUCAUAUUGCUGCAAAGCACCUGGAAAUAAAGGGUGAUAAGAUACUUUUUAAAAACUAA